AUGGGGAGAAGUGCUGACGAUCAACGACUGCUAGACCUGUUUGCUGAUAUCAUAUACAACCAACAAAUUUCCGAGCGAAUAUGUGCCGACGUAACUCACACGUCUGUGUCACUCCAGGUGUUUGACAACUAUGCGGUCACGGUCAUGAUCGGAGACGACCCGUAUACACUUGGGCUAUUCGAUACUGCUGGCCAGGAGGAUUACGACCGACUUCGCCCUCUUUCCUAUCCCCAGACAGACGUCUUCCUCGUCUGUUUCAGUGUGACUUCUCCAGCUUCAUUCGAGAACGUUAAGGAGAAAUGGUUCCCCGAGGUUCACCACCAUUGUCCCGGUGUCCCUUGCUUAAUUGUCGGCACUCAGAUAGACUUGAGGGACGAUCCUCAG